AUGAUGGGAGGUAAUGAUUCUAGGCUUAUGAGGCCUAGUUACAACGAAAGCAAUAAUUAAGAUAUCAUUCAAAGGUUCAGCAAUACAUAAGUUAUAAAUGCUCAUAAUAGUCGUAGUCCAACUAGACAGGAUUAUAAAAAGAGAAAAAUCAAUGAAUAAUUUGGAAUUGUAUAACGGAAACUAAAAAACAGUAGAAACUAUCAAUUCAAUUAAAUGACAUAAAAGAAAAAGCUUCAUGAAGAUAGUAUUUAUUCCCCAGAAAUAGGUAGUAAAAUGGAAAAAAUAAGUUUUUUGUCGAAACAGGAGUUCGAAUAAAGCUUUUUACAAAAUAGUCUUGUUGAUGACAGCCAACAGAAAAGCUAUUAUUAAACUGAUGGUUGA